ACGUCAUCGAGCCGCGCCGGCAGCGGCAGUGACGUGGGCCACGCGGCAGGUCUCGGUUCCGGCGGCGAACUUUCUCAAAGAAAAAGAAAACAAGUUCGAGAGAAGUCUAAAGACGGAGAGAUGAGGCGAAAACCCACGGAGCGGCGCGCGGGAAGACGCUGAGGGGCGCGCGGAGCUGCGAGAGACUGCGCGCGCGGGGCUCACGUGCUUUUUAUUUGCGUUUUCCGUUUCACUUGUUUGGAAAAAUGUCCCGAAAAUACCAGAAGACAAAGAAGAAGAACGACAUCCCGGACAGGUGGCUGGACUACUCCCCGGUGGGGAAGAGGCUCCCAGGGACUCGAUUCAUCGCCUUCAAGGUCCCUCUGAAGCAGGCUCUGAACCAGAAGCUCCCCGCCUCCGCCGCCUUCGGACCCUGGGAGCUGCUGGACGCCGUGAGCAGAGACCGGCAGGAGCUGGGGCUGAUCAUCGACCUGACCUUCACCUCGCGCUACUACGGGCCGCAGGACCUCCCCGAGUCCCUGAGGGUGGUGAAGAUCUUCACGGUCGGCCACCAGGUUCCCAGCAACGGCACCAUCCUGAGCUUCAAGCGAGCCGUGCGCAACUUCCUGCGACAGAACCAGAACAACGACAAACUGAUCGGAGUCCACUGCACACAUGGUCUGAACCGCACCGGAUACCUGAUCUGCAGGUAUCUGAUCGACGUGGAUGGAAUGGAGCCUGCAGCGGCCGUGAAGCUCUUUAACUCGUCCCGGGGUCACGCCAUGGAGAGGAAGAACUACCUGGACGACCUUCAUCAGGGGCCGAAGAGGAGUAAUGCCGGCAUGGAGGAGUUGGAGGAGGAGCCAAAGAGAGGCCAGGCCACGAGCCGGCCGACUCCCACGGAGACGCCGCCGGGCCUUGACGACGCCGCCAGCUACAGGAGUUUCCCGCCAAACAUCAACUCCUGGCCCCGCCCUCAACCUGAGAGACCCCACCCUGUUCCCCCCCGCCCCCCACUGUUCCAGCCGUAUCGAUGGGGCGCCCCUCCCCCACACAGUGACUGGAGGCGACACCCCCAUCCUGAGACGAACCAGUUCAGACCCCCUCCACCAUCCGGACCGGCGUGGCGCCCCCCCCACGCCCCUCCAGAGGGCAGGAGGUGGCCCGCCCCCCAACCCCACCUCCAGUACUCGCCCAGCUGGGCCGCAGGGGAGGAGGACUGGACCCCCCCGGGAUGGAGACAGUCGAGCAGGGAGGGCUGGUGGCGGAACGGACCAGAGUUCUGAGCCCGACCCGGAUCACACGACCCGGAUCCAAAAUAACUUUUCCUCUUAAGUUUUUAUUGUGGUUUUAAGCUGCACAGCUGAUCUGCACAGAGAGAACAGAAAAUUCCUGCUUUUACAGAUGUUCUUUAAUGCAACACAAAGAAACAAAGGCGGUUCUGCUGCCUACGGCCGUCUCUGAUUGGCUCCUCCCCUCCAGAAAUGGGGAGGAGUCAGGGCUCAGACGCUACAGAGAUUCAGAUCUUCAAAUGAAAAGAAAUCACAUGACGUUAGCUUUAGCACGCUAGCUCUAGCUACAGCUACAAAGUCUGACCUCUAGUGUUUGGAGGCGGUACUGACCCGAAGUGGUUCAGACUCUCGGGUCCGCUGAUGUCUAAUUUGAUCAUUUUUACUAAAACAUGUGACCCUAAUUUAAUUUUAAGUUAUUGAAUUUGUGGUUAAAUAAAGUUGUUUUAAGCCUCCAGUCAUUGUUGUGUACAAACAAACAGCAGAGACUCCGCCCACACGCUGCCAUGUGGCGUUCAGGGCCUGUGGGUGAAACAGAGCUCCAGCUACUGCUGUGGUCCAGAUGGAGCUGCCGACUGCAGAACCGGUUCUGACCCGACCCGAAGCCAACGCCUCUCCUCCUCCUCCCAGGAGGAUUCCCCCCCCAUCACCAACAUGACAGUUUAGAAAUCCGCCAAAGUCAUGGAUGAAUAUUUAAUAUUUAUCCCCGAAUGUUUCUAAAUAAAAAAGAAAGAACUUUUAAAUAAA